UUCUCUAAGGAAGCGCAUUUCCUGCCUCCUUGGGCCGGGCUGGAUGAGCCUGGAGAGCUCCCGCUGCCGUCGGUCACCCCAGCCUCCAUCUGCGUCCCCAUCUUGAGCCGGGACCGUCGCCCCUGUCGUUGUUCACGGCAGCCGGUGCCCCUCCUUGCCACCGGCCAACCACCGCCCCGUCCCGUGCACUGUUCUCCUGACCCCUCGGCCGCCACCGCAGAAGGCUGGAGCAGGGACGCCGCUCCGGCCGCCUGCUCCCCUCGGAUCCCUGUGCGAGCCCACGCCGGCCCCGGCGCCCGCCCGCAGCCCUGCCCCUGGACACCGGAUAGGGCCCAGAGCUCUGAGUCCCGGCCCACGGCAUGGCCCGCUGCGCGCUCGUCCCUGGCUUCGCCCUGCUGCUGGCCGCCUGCAGCCUCGGCCCCACAGGUCUUGCGGAAAAUGUCCAUUGUGACCUACAACCUGUGGACCCCCGCAGAGUUGAGGUGACGUAUGUUACCAGCCAGGUCUCAGAGGGCUGCGUGGCACAGGCUCCAGGUGCCACCCUAGAAGCGCACAUCCUCUUCCUGAAUUUCCCAAAUGCCGUGUCACAGCUGGAGCUGACCCUCCAGGCGUCCGAGCUAAAUGGCACCCACCCUCAAGAGGUGCUUCUGGUCCUCAUCACGAACACGAACAUCCUCCUGCAGCUGCGGGCGCCCGGAAUCCCACUCCACCUAGCCUACAACACCAGCCUGGUCAUCUUUCAAGAGUCCCCAGAAGUCAAUGUCACUCAGCUGCCACCGUUUACCACCAAGACCAAGAUCCUCGACUGGGCAAUGACCAAGGGCCCCAUUGCCUCAGUGGCCUCGCUGGACGACCCCGGCAGCAUCCUCCUCCGCCUGGGCCAAGCCUCGAAGUCACCGUCCUUCUGCCUACCAGAAGCCCAGCAAGACAUGGGCCGCACGCUUGAAUGGCGGCCACGGGCCCCCGCCUUGGUCCGGAGCUGCCGCUUAGAAGGCGUAGCCGGCCACAAAGAGGCACACAUUCUGCGGGUCCAGCCUGGUCCCAACAAUGAGCCGCAGACAGUGACCUUGAAGGUGGAGCUGAGCUGCAUGGUGGGGGCGCCCGAUGCUGUGCUCAUUCUGCAGACCUCACCCUAUGUGUCCUGGGUCAUCGAUGCCAACCACAAUGUGCAGGUCUGGGCCCCUGGAGGAUACUCCUUUAAGAUCUUCCCUGACAAGCACAUUCCAGGCUCUGUGCUCCCGGAGACCCCGCAAGGCUUGCUGGGAAAGGCCCAGAUGCUCAAUGCCAGCGUUGUGGCGUCCUUUGUGGAGCUCCCUCCGGCCAGCGACAUCUCCCUGCGGGCCAGCUGCGGCGGUGGGCUACCGACCACGCCGGCACCCGGCCCCACCACCCCGCCCAAGGAGAACUGCAGCCCGCACCUGCUCCUGUCCAUGAUCCGGCCCACGUGCGCCAAUGGCAUCAUGACACUGGUCCUCAAUAAAGACCACGUGAAGGCUCUACACUGCCACAUCACCAGCCUGACCUUCUGGGACCCCAAGUGCCAGGCUGAGGACAGCAGUGACCAGCUGGUCUUGCGCAGUGACUACUCAAGCUGCGGCAUGAGAAUGACACCACACGUGAUCAGCAAUGAGGUGGUCAUCAAUAUCCUGUCGGACGCAUUGCCACUGCGGAAAAAUGUUAACUGCUUCCACACGGAGGGCCUCUCCUUCCACCUGGGCCUCUACCUCAGCUCAAACUUCCUCCAGGCCUCUAGCACCAUGGAGCUGGGGCAGCAGGGCUUUGUGCAGGUGACCAUGUCCCCACCCACUCCUGACAUCACAUUCCUGCUAGAAAGCUGUCACCUGGAUUUGGGACCUGAGGUGGACACUGUGGAACUCAUCCAGGGCCAGGCAGCCAAGAGUAGCUGCGUGAGCCUGCUGCCCGCCGGCCCUGAGGGUGCUCCACGCUUCAGCUUCCUUCUCCGGGUCUACAGGGUGCCCAUUCCCACGGCCGGCACCCUCAGCUGCACUGUGACCCUAACAGCCAAGAACCUGGCCCAGGAAGUGCAAAAGACCCUCUCCAUGCGCAUAAGUGUUGUCAGCUCUGACCUGUCUGGUAAAGGCCUCGUCCUGCCCGCCGUGCUGGGCAUCACCUUUGGCGCCUUCCUCAUCGGGGCUCUGCUCACCGCCGCGCUGUGGUUCAUCUAUACGCACACGCGUCCCCCUGGCAAGCGGGAGCCUGUGGUGGCGGGAGCUGCCCCAGCCUCCUCCGAGAGCAGCAGCACCAACCACAGCAUUGGGAGCACCCAGAGCACCCCCUGCUCCACCAGCAGCAUGGCGUAGCACCCGGCCCGGAGCCCCAGGGGCCCCCCAGCCAGCCGUCGCCCAGCAGGAGAUGCGGUGCAGCAGCCAGCUGGGACCCAGUGGCCAGGAGCUCGCCGCCACCAGCCCGGAUGGAGCAUACCCUCUGCACCCGCCUUCCCACCCACCACUCAGAGGCCAGCUGCCAGUGGGGGUACCAGCCUGGAACAACUUGGGGGACCACCCAUCCUACUGCACAGAACCUCUAAACCCAGAGCCUCUAGGACAUGGCUGCCCAGGGCCACAUGGAGAGAAACCGCUGUCCUGUACAUCCACCUCACUCUAGACACUUGGGCCCUGCCCUUCAAACCCGGACCAAGCUUUGAUGAGCAGCGCUGGCCAGGUGCAAACUCCUGAGGACUCGCAGCUGCCACCAUCCCAGAGACGAGGGCCUGGCCUAGAGCCACCUGGAGGGGUCCCUGCGGCCCCCAAACUUGCACUGCGUGACUUUGAUGGGGAAACCGAAGCUGAUGGGUACCCGGUCUGGGAGCCCCAAGGGCCACACCCCUGGCCCAUCAGAUGGGGACUGGCCAGGCCCCUCAUCCUGGGCCCACCUCUUUAUAUCUGCCAUCAAUAAAUCAGACAUAAAACCAGUGCC